CGGCCCGCAGUUCCGAUUGUCGGCCGGCUAUAAAGGUUGGGCAUGAGAUGGGCUGAACACACCAGACUUCGCGAUACGAACUUAUCUCUGCGUCUAUACAGCCAUGCCCGGACCUAACUUCAAGCUCAACAAUGGAUCGGUUAUCCCUGGGAUUGGACUGGGAACGUGGAAAUCGGGACCCAACGAGGUUGCUCGCGCUGUCGAGGAGGCGCUAAAGGCGGGAUAUAGACAUAUCGAUUGCGCUUGGUCAUACGGUAACGAGAAAGAGGUCGGAGCGGGCCUCCGUGCGUCAGGUGUUCCCAGGGAGGAGGUGUUCAUCACGAGCAAUCUCUGGUGCACGUAUCACAGCCGCGUCGAGGAGUGCCUUGACGAGACUCUCGCCAACCUCGGCACGGAUUAUGUUGACCUCUACCUCGUACACUGGCCGGUUGCUCUCAACCAAAGCGGGAAUCAUCCCGUCUUCCCGACACGCCCGAACGGCAACCGCGACAUCGAUGAGUCGCGAGACAUCAGGGACACAUGGAAAGCCAUGGAAGCCGUCUGCAAGAAAGGCAAAGCCAAAGCCAUUGGCGCGUCCAACUUUUCCGAGAAGAUACUUCAAAAGAUCCUACCAACCGAGAUUCCGCCGGCCGUAGACCAGCUCGAGCUCCACCUGUAUAACCCUCAGCACAAGCUGAUCGACUACCUCAAGUCGCAGAACAUCGUUCCCCAGGCGUAUUCUCCGCUUGGAUCGAACUACGCCCCGCUUAUGACCGACGAGACGGCUGCUGAGAUCGCGAAGAAGCACGGACUCGCGACGACCGACGUGCUGCUCGGGUAUCUACUGAAGAAGGAUAUUGUCGUCCUCCCCAAGUCUGUCACACCUGCUCGCAUCAAGACAAACCUAGAUAAUACAAUUACCGCUUACGAGAAGCUUACUGAAGAAGAUGUCGCCGUUUUGGAUGCCGUCGCCGCCAACGGCAAGCAGAAACGGCUUGUCACGCCUCCUUGGGGUAUUGAUCUUGGCUUUGAUAACUGGCCCGUUCUCACGCAAACUGCAUGA